AACUGCGACUCCUCCGCAGAGAUUAGCAGUAAGACUGUUGCUUUUUUCCGGGCAAUUUUUUGUUGUUGAAUAAAUUUUAUGAGUAAUACUUCACAAUAUUAAUUUAGUUUACCGUCAAUCUUUUACACACGAGUCGGAGACUUCUCUGAAACUGUCAGCAGGGGGAAAUGACAGGUCAACGGCUAAACUUAAUGCGAGGACUGAACGCGGCUGUAACGUCUGUGCUGCCGUUGCACUGAAAGAGACCGGAUCGAACAGCAGCACACAACUGAAGUUUAUUAGUUUCCUCCAUAACAAAAGGGACGUUUUUCCUCUCUGUGUGUUUAUUCGACGCCAUCGUACGGUUAAAGGCCCCCGAAAAGAUUUAAAAUGCAAGACGUGCUCAUCAACAGCAUUUGUAUUGUAAAAGGACAUGGAGCACGGAGAAGGACUGUCUGAAUAACAGCGAUCAGGAUUAUAUACUAUUCGGCACCGUUGCUUCAUCAAACCACCGCUUCCAGAUUUGAUCAACUAAAUGUAAAGGAUCUUUUGGUUCAAACUACCAUGGCUAAGCCAAGCGGUGAAAUCCAGAGAAGGAACCCUCAGCAUGACUUUGAGCUCAUUCAGAGGGUGGGAAGUGGCACAUAUGGAGACGUGUACAAGAUAUGAGAAAAAUGGCAAUCAAAAGAAAGUCUAAACAAGGCUCGAAACAUUCAAACUGGGGAGCUCGCAGCUGUGAAGAUCAUAAAGUUGGAGCCAGGGGAUGACUUUUCCAUCAUACAGCAGGAAAUCUUCAUGGUGAAGGAAUGCAUGCACCACAAUAUUGUGGCCUACUUUGGGAGCUACCUGUGUCGAGAGAAGCUUUGGAUAUGUAUGGAGUACUGUGGUGGAGGAUCCCUGCAGGACAUUUAUCAUGUUACGGGACCUCUCUCAGAGCUUCAGAUAGCAUAUGUCUGCAGAGAGACCCUACAGGGUUUAGAAUAUCUGCACAGCAAGGGCAAGAUGCACCGUGACAUCAAGGGUGCCAACAUACUUCUUACAAACGACGGAGAUGUGAAGUUAGCUGACUUUGGAGUUGCAGCCAAAAUAACAGCCACCAUUGCCAAAAGAAAGUCCUUCAUUGGAACACCUUAUUGGAUGGCUCCAGAAGUAGCCGCAGUGGAGAAGAACGGCGGCUACAACCAGCUGUGUGAUAUCUGGGCUGUUGGCAUUACCUCCAUAGAGCUGGCAGAGCUACAGCCUCCAAUGUUUGACCUACACCCGAUGAGGGCCUUGUUUUUGAUGUCGAAGAGCAGCUUCCAGCCUCCGAAGCUAAAAGACAAAAAUAAAUGGUCCACUGCCUUCCAUAACUUUGUCAAACUGUCUCUGACUAAGAACCCUAAAAAGAGGCCCACUGCAGAAAAACUACUUUCGCAUGUGUAUGUGUCCCAGACGUCUUUGACAAGAGGGCUUGCUGUUGACCUCCUAGAUAAGAUGAACAACCCAGACAACCACCAGCAUUACAGUGAGGUGGACGACGAUGACCUUGAGCCCAUCUCUGCAGUCAGACACACCAUCCGCUCCACCAACAAACACGCCAGAGCUGAGAGGACACGCUCAGAGAUAGACUCAAACUAUGGGACAGACCAAGGAGGGCCAUGCUCAAGUCCUAGCUUCACUGAGGGACACAGGGGGGAUGCAGUUGACAAAGUCCAGUUUGAACCACCGCUACGGAAGGAAACGGAGGCUCAUUCUGAAAUGGAUGUGAAUAAAGAUAAUGACUUCCCUUCCCCCUGGAGUCCCUUUGCAGAGGGAGGAAUAACAACCAGGGGACACAUCGCCCAUCUUGAAGAUGCCUUUGAAGAAGUAGAGCUGUCAACCCUCAAGCCAGGGUUUCCUCCUCCUCUGCCCCCAAAGCCACGAUUAAACAGCUCAUCAGAGGAGCUUGGCCUUAAUGAUGAGAGGUCUGUGACAGUUCGGAGGUUCCCUAACUCCGAGAACGGAGCAAGCCAGGUUGUUCGCCGACAGAGCACACCUGAGCAGGGCACCAAGGUCGAGCACUCGUCUUCAGAUUUCCUCUCUGCCAGCGUCAGCAGCCCCGGCCUUUUGUCUCACGCCUCUGAUCCUGAUAAUGAUUCGGAUGACGGCGUGAAUGGAGACAGUUCCAAGCCACCGCCAAACCAACAGCACCGGAAGGAGAAAAAGGAAUUCCCUAAACCCGCUAUCAAUGGUCUGCCACCCACUCCAAAAGUACUGAUGGGAGCCUGUUUCUCUAAAGUAUUUGAUGGCUGUCCACUGAAGAUCAACUGUGCCACAUCAUGGAUUCAUCCAGACACCAAAGAUCAGUACCUAAUCUUUGGGACGGAGGAUGGCAUCUAUACGCUGAAUCUUAAUGAGCUGCAUGAAGCCACAAUGGAGCAGCUGUUCCCGAGGAAAUGUACAUGGCUGUACGUUAUCAACAACAACCUGAUGUCUUUAUCUGAAGGGAAAACCUUCCAGCUGUACUCCCACAAUCUCAUUGGGCUGUUUGAGCAGCUGAAGAAGCCCGGCCUGGCUGCUCAGUUCACAACUCACCGCUUCCCAGACAAAAUCUUACCUAGGAGGUUUGCCUUGACAACUAAGAUCCCCGACACAAAGGGCUGUCACAAGUGCUGCAUUGUGAGAAAUCCUUAUACAGGCCACAAGUACUUGUGUGGAGCGCUUCAGUCUGGGAUUGUCCUGUUGCAGUGGUAUGAGCCCAUGCAGAGGUUUAUGCUCAUCAAGCACUUUGACUUCCCUCUUCCCAGCCCAUUGAAGGUGUUUGAGAUGCUGGUGGUCCCAGAGCAGGAGUAUCCCUUGGUGUGUGUGGCCAUCAGCCAGGGCACAGAGCCGGGCCAGGUGGUCCGCUUUGAGACCAUCAACCUCAACUCCUGCUCCUCCUGGUUCACAGAGAUGGGAACAACUAAUCAACAGGUGGAUGCAAUCCAUGUCACCCAGCUGGAGAGAGACACAGUGUUGGUGUGUUUGGACCAAAAUUUGAAGAUUGUUAAUCUUCAGGGCAGACUGAAGUCCAACAAGAAGCUAGCAUCUGAGCUCAGCUUUGACUUCUGCAUCGGAACUGUUGUGUGCCUUCAGGACAGCGUCCUGGCCUUCUGGAAACAUGGCAUGCAGGGAAAGAGCUUCAAGUCUAAUGAGGUGACCCAGGAGAUUUGUGAUCCAAGCAGAGUUUUCCGCCUCCUUGGAUCUGACAGGGUGGUGGUUUUGGAGAGCCGACCCACAGACAACCCCACGGCCCUCAGCAACCUCUACAUUUUAGCAGGUCAUGAGAACAGUUACUGAGCCGCUGCCGGAGAUCUGACGGAUCUUAGUAAAGUGGAUAAGAUGCCUCACUUUUGGGAGAAAACUCCAGAGCUCCACCAUAAGGUUGUGAGUGAAGGGAAACGUCUGUUUUACAACACAUUUUUGUUACUGAUCAUGGGAUCGACAGGUCAGUAAGAGAGGAGCCUCUUCAGUCUUGAUUCAUGACUAGCCUUACACCAGCAACAUGUUCACUGUAGCUCCACUCAUCACAAACGACGAGGAAACUGUUAUGAGAGAAAAACAAUAAAAGCCCAAAAUGAACAUUGUUAAUUAGAAUUUUCUCACUUUUCUGUAUUGUGGACUGAGUUAUCUAGAGGUAUUAUUGACAUAAAGUGCCAUUAAAAUUCACAAGAAUUUGUGAUUGUAUUAGCAAACAAUGGGAGAUUUAUUGUUGUUGUCAGUAACAUAUCACUCAUAAUUACUGUCAGUGGCAAAUGUCAGGCUUGAGAGGAGAUUUUACUCUGUAGUCAAACUAAUAGAUCAGUUUAAACAGAAACCCGCGAGCUUUGUGGGUUAUUUAAGCAAUAUUUAUUAACUUCAUGUUAAGUAAUAAGGUAUGUUUGAUUUACAGAUCAUGUUAACAGUUACAGUGCAGUCCUGCUGUGGGAGGAUUACCUACCUAGUGAACUGCUCCUGAGUAGCUUUGGGUUCUUUUUACUGCUAUGUAAUAUAGUCACAUCUCUCCUGCUCUGCUGCAUUUUUAGAAGUUGAAUAUAAUGUAAAUUUUUUUCUUUACCUUCCUCUUUUUAUAGACAUUUUACUCCUCAUUAUUUGCACCAUGUAAGCACUUUUGUACAUUUUUUUUUUUUAAUUUAAAAUAAAAUGACAAAAUGAGGGACAAUGCUAGGUUUGUUAACAUCUUUGCAUUCCCUUCGCAAAAUGUUUAAUGUAUGCUGUUUUUGUAAUAAAAAAGCUUUUGUUAACAAGA